UUCAGAUUUGCCCCCCAAUAUCGCACCAGUAUGGAAUGCACAAACUAUUUCAUGCGGCAUGAGCCUUUCCACUUCGAUGAAGAAUUUUCCCUCGCGGCGAGGAACCAUCACGCGCGGAAAGUAGCCCGCCAGGCAUCCGAACGAGCAAAGUCGAGACAUCAAAGCUUCAAGAAGUUUCUGGGAACUUUCACCACUUUUGCCAAGGACAAGGAGAUCAGACGGUUUGAUCUGGAUCGCAAAUUCCAAUGGAAUGACGUGCAGAAUGAGGCCAACGCAGCGGUGGAAGCCUACUCGGCGCCAGACUCAUUCCUUCGAAACCCCGUCCGAUAUCUGAGCCGCUCGUUCACUCAGAAUGCCUCGACUCUGGAAGUGCUGCUUCAUUUUGUUCCCGACGGGGAAUAUACUUCCAUCCUCUGCGGAGCAUUGACACUGGUCUUCAAUGUCAGUCCUCCGCCCUCCCUCCCCAUCCCCUCCCCCGAGCACGACGGGAAUCGGACGACUGGAUAUCAUGCUAAUCUGUGCAUGCUGUGUGUCCAGGCGGCCAAGCGAGUGGACAGUCUCCGAAAGCGAAUCUUGGGCUGCUUAGCAGCUUUGCCCACCAUCGUUCACGAAACCGCCGAAUACCGGGAUCUGUACCACGACGAUGAAGAUCUCUGGCAAGCCGCGGAAGAUCUCUAUCUCGGCAUCCUGGAAGGGAUCGAGGCCAUGCUACAGUGGAUGGACGAGUCAGCCUUCAAAAAGGCAGUGAAGGCGUUCUUCCACCAGGAUUCCUACGGCAAGAAGAUCGAAGACGAAGCCAUCAAAUCCGGUAUCGAGGACGCGGCCAGCAAUUUCCGCGCCAUCGUGGAAUUCUGCUUACACAAAUCCGUCCGGAGCAUCGAACGGCACAUGGAGAUUCUGGUCACCCAUGUCGCGGCGAUGGAGAAGCAGGCGAACUGGUACUAUUCUACGCCCCACGCCCCGAUCAUGGUGGUGAAAACCUGCUUCAUCGACGUGUACGGCUUGCAGCGCAUCAUGGCGGCAGACCCCGAGCUCGUCCGCCGCGACCUGACACUCGCCCUGGCCGAUGCCCUGCACGCCUGCCCGCCAGCGCUGCAUGCCCACGCGACAACCCUACUCCACCGCGACGAGUUCCGCCACUGGUUCUUGGGCUCCUCCUCCGCCCUCCUGCUCGUCAACGGCUGUCUGCCCGUCACCCCCGAGCAAGAGACCGCAUCCCCGCUCACCACCGUCGCCGGCACCCUCUACGGCACCCUCUCCGCCAGCCCCGCCGUUCUCCCGCUCUUCUUCCCCUGCGGCCAGCACCUCCACCCCCACGACCCAUUCACCGGUCUCGCCGGCCUGCUCCGCGCCCUCAAUGCCCAGCUCCUGCUCGGGGACCCCGCCGCCGUCGACACGUCCGCCGUCGACUACCCCUUCGUGCACGCCCUCGAGGCCUUCGACCUGCCAGCCCUGGGACGCUUGUUCGCCCAUCUGCUGGCGGGAUCCCCGCGCCGCGCCGUGUUUGUCCUCAUCGACGGCUUCACGCUGGUCGAGGGCAGUGCAUCGGCGCUGGAGCUCCGCGGCUUCACCGAGCUGUUGCGGCAGGUGACCGGUGCCUUGCCGGGGGUUGCCGGGCAGCCACCCCGCACCGGGCCCGUCGUGAAGGUGCUGGUGACGAAUGCGGACUCUGUCGUGUAUCUCGAUGCGUGGCGGAAUCAAGACGUGGUGGAUCUGGAGCCGGACGCUGUGCUUGACGAUGGGUUGGGUCUCGACAUGUAUGAGACAUCGGCGCAACUGCUGGGGUUUUGA